AUGGCGUAUGGUUAUGCCGCUGACGCGGUAGACGAGUACCUCCGUCUCGGUGAAAGUACUGCAAUCCUAUGUUGGGAAAAUUUCACAGACAGAAUCAUACAAUUGUUCGGAGAUGAGUACCUGCGAAAACCCACACGAGAAGAUCUGCAAAGGUUGCUCCAUAACGGAGAGAUGCGUGGAUUUCCCGGUAUGAUAGGAAGCAUUGAUUGCAUGCAUUGGGAAUGGAAGAAUUGUCCUACAGCUUGGAAAGAUCAAUAUACUUGUGGUGCCGGAAAACCAACAAUCGUCUUAGAGGCUGUAGCAUCACAGGAUAUAUGGAUAUGGCAUGCUUUUUUUGGACCUCCAGGUACCUUAAAUGAUAUUAACGUUCUCGAUAGAUCAUCUGUUUUUGAUGACCUUUUACAAGGACGAGCACCAAAAGUGCAAUACUCGGUCAACGGACACCGGUAUCAUUUACCGUACUACCUCACAUAUGGUAUAUAUCCUAAAUAG